AAACUCAGCACACUCCCAUCAACAGCAUCAGCAUACUCAUCUCUACCUCUAGGGCCAUACUUUAAACAGCACAAGCCACUCCUAUAUUCCAAACCAUCCAAAUUCAACUCUCUUGUAAUCAAUGGCCACAGAAGGAUCUGUGAUCUCUUUGAUUUGCACCAGGAGCAAGUACCUUAUGAAGUGGCAUGGUUUUGGCAAAAGGAGAUUGUCAGGGAAAAGAAGGCACAGAUUGAAAAGGAAGGAGAUUGCACUGACACCCUUAUUAUUCUACAACAUCCUUCUGUUUAUACAUUAGGUACAGCUAGUACUGAGGGGAACCUCAAGUUUGACAUGAAAAAUGCUCCCUUUAAUAUUUAUCGCACUGAGCGUGGUGGAGAAGUUACAUACCAUGGCCCUGGUCAGCUAGUUAUGUACCCCAUCAUCAACCUUCGAAGACACAAGAUGGAUCUUCAUUGGUACCUUAGAACUCUUGAAGAGGUUGUUAUUCGUGUUCUUUCUUCAGCAUUUUCAAUUCAGGCUUCUAGGCUGGAAGGUUUAACUGGUGUUUGGGUUGGAAAUGAGAAACUGGCAGCUGUUGGUAUCAGAGUGUCUCACUGGAUAACCUAUCAUGGCUUAGCACUUAAUGUCACAACAGAUUUGUCUCCAUUUAAAUGGAUUGUCCCAUGCGGAAUACAUGAUCGUCAAGUAGGAAGCAUUAAGGGGUUGGUGAGAGAAGGCAAGCAAUGUAUUAUUGAUCAUGGAACAACUGAUUUGCAUCAACUGGAUGAUGCCAGUCUUAUUCAUACUACACAUAAGUCCUUGAUUGAGGAGUUCUCACAAGCAUUUCAGCUUGAGUACUGUUACAAAAGUAUUUCUGCCGCCCUGUUGUAUGAAAGCAAACAAAGCUCUCUCACCAAAUAGACACAGCAAAGUUGUAUUUGUUUGAUAUACAUAGCAAUCCCCUGUCUAUUCACUUUUUCCAGAUAAAGGGCCAGAGAAAAUAUCAUCACUUUUGCAAUAGAAACACUUUUAUACUUACGUUCCUGAUUACCAAUUGCUUGGGAAGAAUAGCUAGCUGAUUAAGUUAUAGAUUACUGAUGAUUAGUUUUAUCUACGUUUAUUCUAAGCAAGUAUAUUUGUUGAUUUCUGUAAAAUUUAUCAUUGUAUAGGCACUUUUCUUGGCUAGUACUAAUUUGACAGAUACUUAAAUUUAUCUGUCAAUACUAA